AUGGAUCAAAACCAGGCACCCGGCCUGGCAGAUGGGAAAGCAGACGGGGGCGAAGCCACUCUCAAGCGACGCGAGAGCUUCGUCUCUGAGAACUCGCAGACAGCCUCUGAUUUCAUCAAUGAGCAACUGAGAUUAGAGGCCGACGCGCGCGAAGCCUUGCCUUACUCGUUUGAUAAUUGUACACGACCUCUCGGACCACUUCGACAGAGUUUAUUCUCUUGCAUUACUUGCAAUCCUCCUAAUGAUACGACUACUUCAUACAACGCUGCCGGUGUUUGCUAUUCCUGUUCGAUUUCAUGUCACGGCGAGCAUGAGCUAGUUGAAUUAUUCACCAAGCGUGACUUUACAUGCGAUUGUGGAACCACAAAAUUGCCAUCAAACUCCCCGUGUUCCCUGAGAGCAGAUCCAGCAACUGGCAAGAAGGGCGUUCACUCAGAAGAGCCAUGCAAGACGAAUAACUACAACCAAAACUUUAGGAAUAGAUUUUGUGGCUGCGGUGACACGUACGAUCCACAUAAAGAAAAAGGGACUAUGUUUCAGUGUCUUGGUAUUGGCACAGUUGAAACUGGUGGCUGCGGUGAAGAUUGGUGGCACCCAGAGUGCUUGAGAGGAUUGCCUCGUGUGGCCAGUACUAAUCAAGAGGAUGACGAAGACCCACCAUUACCCCCAGGGUUUCCUGAUGAGGAUGAUUUUGAGACUUUUAUUUGCUAUAAAUGCCUGGACGCCAAUCCAUGGAUCAAGCGGUAUGCGGGCACUCCAGGAUUCUUGCCUCCAGUUUACCUUGAAGAUAACAAGCCGGACGUUUUUGAUGAUACAAUGAAAGCAAAGGAGGAAGAAACAAAUGAAUCAACAGCAACUUUGACAGAAAAGCGAGCACUGGAGGAUGAUGAACCCGCGGAGCCGGACUCUAAACGGUUGAAGAAGGAUCCCUCAGUACCGCCUGGCGAUUCAAGUGAACUUAGCACUGAUUUAGUCAAACCUAAGGAAAAACACGAAUCACUCCCAUUGGAGGCCCCUAAGGGACGGUUUUCACUCUUCGUCAAAGAGGAUUUCCGCGACCAUUUGUGUAAAUGUGUGGAAUGUUUUCCUAAUCUUAAACAUAACCCUCAGCUCCGUGAAGAGGAAGAAGUUUACGAACCUCCACUAUCCGAAGAUGGCGACGCACAGAAUGGCCACAACAGCGCCGGUAGUAUCCAUACAGGUAGCUUAUUGGAUAGAGGUGAAGCUGCACUCAGUAACUUAGAUCGUGUAAAGGCGAUCGAAGGGGUUAUGGUUUAUAAUCAUUUGCGCGACAAGGUAAAGGAAUUCUUGAAGCCAUUUGCAGAGAGCGGUCAAGCCGUCGGGGCGGAAGAUAUUAAAUCUUACUUUGAGAAAUUAAGAGGCGAUGACCAAGCUAUUCUGGAGGCUGGUGGGAAGCCCUCUGCGUCUCACGAAGAUGGCAGUGGAAAUGAAAAAAAAGAUAAUAACCGAAGAGAACAGGAUGGUGAGUUACUGAGUCUAAUUUCUACCCCUUGGGAUAUGUAA